UUCCUACUACUACAUUUUUCUAUAACGCACACACAGCAAUUGUGUGGGUGCCGAUCUCACUCUCCGUUUUUCAUAUUUCACACUUUCUAAUCGAUCUAAAAAAACCCUAAAAGUUGAAACAGCCAUGGCGCUGGCGUUCGACGAAUACGGGCGGCCGUUUAUAAUACUGAGAGAACAAGAAAGCAAAAGUAGGUUAAGAGGUUUAGAUGCUCAGAAAUCUAACAUCGCCGCCGGCGUUGCUGUUUCUCGCAUUCUCCGUACUUCCCUUGGCCCUAAAGGCAUGGAUAAGAUGCUUCAGAGUCCUGACGGCGACAUCACUAUCACGAAUGAUGGUGCGACGAUCUUGGAGCAGAUGGAAGUUGAUAAUCAGAUAGGAAAACUUAUGGUUGAACUUUCAAGGAGUCAAGACUAUGAGAUUGGGGAUGGAACAACUGGUGUAGUUGUUAUGGCUGGUGGGCUUUUAGAACAAGCGGAGAAGCUUUUGGAACGAGGAAUUCAUCCCAUCCGAGUUGCAGAGGGAUUUGAAAUAUCUUCCAAGAUUGCUGUUGACCAUUUACAACAAAUAGCAGAUAAGUUUGAUUUCAGCGCCACAAAUAUCGAGCCUUUGGUUCAAACUUGCAUGACUACUUUAUCUUCCAAAAUUGUAAAUCGAUGCAAGCGUAGAUUGGCUGAGAUUGCUGUAAAGGCUGUCAUGGCCGUUGCUGAUCUAGAGAGGAAAGAUGUAAACUUGGACCUCAUUAAGGUGGAGGGGAAAGUAGGUGGUAAACUGGAGGAUACUGAACUUAUUUAUGGAAUUCUUGUGGAUAAAGAUAUGAGUCACCCACAAAUGCCAAAGGAAAUUAAUGAUGCAAAAAUUGCCAUCUUGACUUGCCCGUUUGAGCCACCAAAGCCCAAGACUAAGCAUAAGGUUGACAUUGAUACAGUUGAAAAGUUUCAAACUUUACGUAAGCAAGAGCAAAAGUACUUCGAUGACAUGGUUCAGCAAUGCAAGGAUGUUGGGGCAACAUUGGUGAUUUGUCAAUGGGGUUUUGAUGAUGAAGCAAAUCAUUUAUUGAUGCACAGAAACUUGCCUGCUGUGAGAUGGGUUGGUGGUGUAGAACUUGAGCUUAUAGCAAUAGCAACUGGUGGUAGAAUUGUUCCCAGGUUCCAGGAACUGACACCUGAAAAGCUAGGAAAGGCUGGUUUGGUUAGAGAGAAGGCAUUUGGUACUACAAAAGACCGUAUGCUUUAUAUUGAGCACUGUGCAAACUCAAGGGCUGUAACCAUAUUUAUUCGUGGGGGUAACAAGAUGAUGAUAGAGGAGACGAAACGCAGCAUUCAUGAUGCAUUGUGCGUUGCUAGAAAUCUCAUCCGCAAUAACUCCAUUGUUUAUGGCGGCGGUGCAGCAGAAAUUUCAUGUUCUAUUGCAGUUGAAGCCGCUGCUGAUAAAUAUCCAGGAGUUGAACAGUAUGCUAUUAGGGCUUUUGCUGAUGCUUUGGAUUCUGUACCCAUGGCUCUUGCAGAAAAUAGUGGUUUGCAACCCAUUGAAACACUAUCUGCAGUGAAAGCACAGCAAAUCAAGGAAAAUAAUCAUUGUUGUGGCAUAGACUGCAACGACACUGGCACAAAUGAUAUGCGUGAGCAAAAUGUAUUUGAAACCUUAAUUGGAAAACAACAGCAGAUCUUGCUUGCUACACAAGUGGUCAAAAUGAUUUUGAAGAUCGAUGACGUGAUCUCUCCAUCCGAGUAUUGAGGUCAAGGUACUUGGUUUCAAGUUUUGGUGUCUGUGGGACGACUAUAUAUUGCUGGAAACAUUUUUUUACUGAGCGUAUGGUUGUAGUUUUAUUCUGUUAGUGUGGGCUUAUGUGUUGCCUUCAGUUAUUUCAUGCCUGUCCGGCGUUGGUUUGUUUUAUUUGAAGUAAUGUACGCAUUAAUGUUUAUUUUUCAAACAAUUCUCGACACUUCUCCA